CGGAGAAAGCCCCAACUGUCCCUAGGGCCUGUUUUUCACUCCAAGCCUCAAGUUCCCAAUCUGUCCGACGAUCUCCGAUCAAUGAUCUCCAGACGACUCCCACUCUGAUCCUCCUGUUGCUGGUAACCGGGAGGGAGGCGACCUCCCCUGGUUGCUAUGGAUUGCGGCGCAGGGGCAGAGGCUCCGCCAGGCCGCUAGGGCGCGCUGCGGCAGCUGGUGCGCACGCGUCUCACCCACUCAGGCUUGCGCGCCGUGACGCGGGGCUCCCGAGGCCCCGAGAAUAAGAAGCGGAAAUGGGGGUGUCCUUACGCCCGGGUUGCUUUCCCGGUGGGUUCCUAGAAUCCAUCCAGCCUCUUGCUUUCUCAAGGCGCUAAUGGCUGGCGCCUGCAUCCACAAAAAAAAACAGGUGUUCCAAGGGGCAAACAUGUCCACCCUGUACCCAUCUCUGGAAGACCUGAAGGUAGACCAAGCCAUGCAGGCCCAGGCCAGAGCUGCAGCCAGGAUGCCUGCCCUGCCAGCGCAGGAGACCAACGACUCCCAGCCUCCAGUUCUGUACCCAAACCUGGCGGAACUGGAAAAUUAUAUGGGUCUUUCCCUCUCCAGCCAAGAAGUCCAGCAGAACCUGCCUCAGAUUCAUGAAGGUGCCAGUACGACGGGUCAGGUGGUGGCGCCGGUGUCCGGAAACAGCUUGGGCGUGCUGCGUGCGGAGAUCAAGCCCGGGGUGCGUGAGAUCCACCUGUGCAAGGACGAGCGUGGCAAGACGGGGCUGCGGCUGCGGGCCAUCGACAAGGGGCUCUUUGUGCAGCUGGUCCAGGCCAACACCCCCGCGUCCCUGGUGGGGCUGCGCUUUGGGGACCAGAUCCUGCAGAUUGAUGGGCGGGACUGUGCUGGCUGGAGCACGGACAAAGCCCACAGUGUGUUGAAGAGGGCAUCAGCCGAGAAGAUCGUCAUGGUCGUUCGGGACAGGCCAUUCCAGCGGACCGUCACCAUGCACAAGGACAGCACUGGCCACGUGGGCUUUGUCAUCAAGAAGGGGAAGGUCGUCUCUUUGGUCAAAGGGAGCUCUGCGGCCCGCAAUGGGCUCCUCACCAACCACUACGUGUGCGAGGUGAACGGGCAGAACGUCAUCGGGCUGAAGGACAAAAAAGUUACGGAGAUUCUGGCCACAGCUGGGAAUGUCAUCACCCUGACCAUCAUCCCCACAGUGAUCUACGAGCACAUGGUCAAAAAGUUGUCCCCGACGCUGCUCCACCACACCAUGGACCACUCUAUCCCGGAAGUCUGAAGCCGCAGGAGGGCAGCUCCGCCCUCCUCGCCUCCUGCAGGGAAGGGAGAGUCCUCGGUGACAGGCUGCUUGCGGAGGCCUGCCCCCUGGGGGCGGGGCUGUCUCUAGGCGGGUGUGUUCCAGGUGGGUCUGUCAUUCAUACACACUGGCCUCCUUGGGCUAAGGGGACUAAGGCGGGGGGUGGGGGCCCACUGGCAGCGGGUCUCUGUGCCGGUUUAAAUGCUGGGCGUGUAGGCAGGCCGGCCACUCUCCGAAAGUUGCAUCUGGGUCUCUUUCAAGAUUUUGCCUCUACCAGAAAAAACAGUUCCAUGUUUUGAGAGAACAAAUACAUGCUUUGUGAGAAUUGUUUUUCCUUUACUUGCUCUUUGUCACAAACUGUAUAUAGUCAUAACCCUUCACUGUCUUUUGAACAGAGAUUUGAUUUUAAAUGAAA